UCUGACCUUGACAUUAUGCGGUUUGACAGGAAUUUUAUCUUUAGGACUUGUUCACUACCAUCACAUGUCACACAAAGAUCAAUCUGCUGCUUCCAAAGCACAGGAAGAUCCAGCAGUGUUAUUAACUUAAGAUGGAAAGAAGUCAGGCAAUGGCAAUUAAGCCGGAGAGGUUUCUUCAUGUGUAAAGUGCAGCAACAUGAUGCUACCUCUGAGGAAAAUGAAGAAAAUAUCUCACAAGCUACUUUGAUAUGGAGGGCAAUCAAACUGCCAAUAUACUCUGUAGCCUUAGUUCCUCUAACUGUGGGGAGUGCAGCUGCUUAUUUGCAGACAGGCCUCUUUUCUGCUAGGCGUUAUUUUAUGCUGUUGGCAUCUUCAGUUUUUAUCAUCACUUGGCUUAAUUUAAGCAACGACGUUUAUGAUUUUGACACAGGAGCUGAUAAGGACAAGAAAGAGUCAGUUGUGAACAUUGUUGGCAGCCGCACAGGAACAUUCAUUGCUGCUUGCUUGUUACUUGCCCUUGGUUUCUUGGGGCUUACUUAUACAUCUGUGGAGGCUGCAAAUCUACGUGCUAUAUUACUAUUAGCUUCUGCAAUUACUUGUGGUUACAUGUAUCAGUGCCCGCCGUUUCGGUUAAGUUACCAAGGUCUGGGGGAACCCUUGUGCUUUGCUGCAUUUGGUCCUUUUGCUACGACUGCCUUUUACUUGCUUCAAAGCAGCACCAGUGAGCUCCCAAUCACAUAUACAACACUUUCAGCAUCAGCACUUGUUGGUUUCACAACAUCACUUAUCCUGUUCUGUAGUCAUUUCCACCAGGUAGAAGGGGAUAAGGCCGUGGGAAAGUUUUCUCCACUGGUUAGGCUUGGUACAGGAGCUGGUUCUAGAGUUGUAAAAGUGGGUGUGGCAACACUCUAUUCAGGGAUGCUUCUUCUUGGUUUCACUCAAACACUUCCAUUUACAUGCAUUAUUCUUUGUGCUUUAACAAUACCAAUGGGAAAACUCGUAGUUAGCUAUGUGGAGAAGAACCAUAAGGACAAAUCAAAGAUCUUUAUGGCAAAGUAUUACUGUGUGAGACUUCAUGCUCUAUUUGGAGUGGCUCUGGCUGCUGGCUUGGUAGCAGCUAAAAUGGUUGCUAGAUAUCCUGUUCCAAAACCAAUAUUCUGAAUCAUAGAAUUC